UAACUUAACUUUACAAAAAAAUAUUUUUACAUUGUGUAAUUCACUCCAAGCUGAGCAGUUUUCAGAUACAAUUAUUUUCAUACAUUUCUAAAAUGUAUUUUAAGGAAUUACUACUUUUGUUUACCUAAACAAAUUUAACCUUAACUUUUAUUUUACAUUUAAUGCUUGCAGUACCUGUGCGUGUUGAACAACGUUAUAUGGUGUUGUAAACAAAACCACAUUAGGCCAAUGGAAGUAUCUUAAAUGUCAGAACAGGUAGAGCUCUCCCAUUUUCCCUGUUCACAGGGCAGUGAAAAGCUUCACACUGUUGGUAUAACUGUAUUAUUACAAGGCCUGCAAUUACAAAGCCAUUUCAUCCGGCGUGGGGCAGCAGGCUGAUAUGUAAACAUAUGCUAAACGAUUUGUCACCGUUCAUGGUCAUUGUCAAAGGUGUGUGGGGGUCGCGGGGGGACGACUUUACCACCACAGCAGCACGCAGCAGCCCACAAUGAGUCUCCGACGAAGGCCAGACGUCCCCGAACGUGCAUCUGCGAGCGUCUCCCCCUUCUCUGGGCUCUGACCAUUUUGGUUGAAUAAGAGGGAGCACUGUGUGUUCCGGGAAUAGCUUCUGUUAGUGGCUGCCGUGGAGGCCGAGGGGAGGCGGAGGUGAGGUGGACCAGACUACGCGUGAGCUCGAGUAUGAGAGAGACAGAGGGGAGGGAGAAGGGAGAGAAACAGCCGCCUUCAAAAAUGGCGUCUUCGAGGGAAAAUGACUAAUAUUAUGAAAAAAGAAGGCCUCGAGCUCGGAGUUGAAGCGAACCGUUCGGGACCCGCGCGCAGCGUCGGUGUUUGAAAACGUCGAGUCGAACGCGAGGCGAAGCGCUUGAAGGAAAACGAGCGGGAUUUACCGAAUAUAUAGGCUACGGCGGCAGCAACACCAUCUUAUUUUGAUGCGUCGACGGGGCUAGCGCUCGCUGCUAGCUCACAACAACACUGUGGGUGGAAUUUAAAUGUCGCGUUUGCUCUCCCUCCAGAUUCGCUCGCAAUUUCGUUGCAUGCGUAAUGUAGCGGUUGUUUAACGGCCGAUGCCCCUUGCUUCGCUUGAUGCAUAUUUCAUACAAGUAAAGUAAGUGGAGAAAGGGGAGGAGAAACAAGGGAAAGGACGUAUACGGUCAUAUGCGUCCAUCGCUAAUUUAUCGGUAACCAGGUCAAACCGAAUUCUUCGCAGCCCGCCAGGAGCAUGGCAUUACUUGAUCUGGUUUUAAAUGAGAAAAGGCUGAAAAGGAGGUGAGUUAUUUCUUUGGAGGUGGUCGGUGAACACCCCCUCUAUCACGCACUCAUCUCCUCCCCUCCAUUUCCCUCUCCCUUUUCAAUAUGCUAUUUUUCACUCUUAUGGACUUAGUCGUCUCUCACCAGGAAGAAUGAUUAAAAACUGACAACGGGACCGCGAUCGUGCUGUGCAAACGACAGUUUUGCACCGAAACCGUUCGCUCGCAUCCAGCCGUGCGUUAUUGCGAAGCGAUGGACAGAAAUUACCCGGGAGCUGGCUUCGGUGAUUUGGGCGCAGGAGCCGGAUGGAGCUACGAGAGAUCAGCCAAAGCAAGCUUGGUGUACGGCAGCUCUAGAUCAUCACAUCCAGAGUCUGAACUUCUUCAUCGCCAAGCCUACGCCACUCCCCAUCCCCUGCAGGGUUAUGCUACCAAUCACCAUCCUGGAGGAUCUGGCCAGGGUGGGGCUUGGGGUGCAGCUGGAAGGAGCCUGGGCCUGUCUGGACUUUUUGAUGCUGGGCUGCACCAUGCAAGUCCGUCAGGCCCAGAUCCAUCGGUUAUGAACCUUAUAUCUGCACUAGAGUCCCGGGGUCCACAGCCACCUCCCUCUGCCUCAUCCCUUCUAUCUCAGUUUCGCACUCCAUCAUGGCAGACUGCCAUGCACACGCCUGCCCCUGCAGAGCUCUUCAUCUCUGGUGCCCUUCCUGGAUCUGGAUCCUUCCCAUCCUCUUCUGCUUUGUCUGCCUAUCAACAUCCAGCGCCAUUCUCAGGGCGGUCCUUUCCUGGUGUGACCCCCUCAUUGUCCUUACAGGACACACCCACUUUCAGCCCCACCUCCAACGGCCUCCUGUCACCCCAUGAUCCGUUACUCCACAUCAAGACCCCUUCUCAGUCAAGUCUGGGCUUUGACCGCCUGUUGACAUCACAGGGUGCAGCUGCGGCUUACCGUGGAAGCCAUGAUCCAACUGGGGGUGGGGUCACAUCUGCUCAAGCCUCCUCCGCAGCCUCAGUUUCUGCCCGCCAUAUACCGUCUCAUCAGUUCAACUUGUUGUCCUCCCAGCUUCAAGACCAGUCCUCCCAGUUGUACAGUGCCUCUGUGUUUUCCUCUACCCAAGCUCCACCUCAGCCAACAUCUCAAGAACGGACAGUACCAAGACAAGACAGUGUAAUUAAACACUACCAACGUCCCUCUCCAGCACAAGCCCCCUCAUCCGCCCCUCACCCCCUCCAGCACUACCUUAGCUGUGGGGUGUCAGGAUAUCAGCAAGCCACUCAUACGCGCCAUGCUGGCCUCUCUUGCAGUCCCCUAGGUGAACAUAGUCCAUCCUCAGACCAUAAACCUUCCCCCAGGACUGAACAGUACAGACCGAUAAUCCAGCCAUCUUAUGUGUCCUCCUCAUCCUCAUCCUCUGGUGGGGCUGGAAAGGGGACAAAGAGCAGCUCCAGUAGUGGUUACUCCUCUUCUGGAUCUGCAUCCUCUUCGAGAACCCCCCACACACCACCCUCUGCUUCUUCUGCUUCAUCGUCAUCUUCAUCCUCUUCCUCCUCCUCUGCGUCUGCUAGUGCUCGCCAGUCUAAUUCCAUUCCAACCUCCACUUCUGCCUCUGCAUCCUCUCGACAACAGCCACCAACCCAGACUGUACCCCCUCCACCCCAGACACAUUCCCAGUCCUCUCAGAGCUCCUCUAACUCCACCCAGCAGACCCUUCCCAAGUCGUGCCUCUCGGGAUACGGAUCCCCAGUGGCUCCUGUCAAGUCAUCAAGUGGUCUAACAGGCCAGACCCCUCCUCAGCCACAACCUCAGUCUUUCUCUCCAAGUCAGCCUCCCCCAUCACACCUUUCCCAGUCAUAUGGGGGAUUCAGUUCUCCGCAGACGCAUGAUCUUCCUUCAGCUAGGACAUCUGGAGUGGCUAAAGGGUAUGGGAAUUUGGGAAGUCAGUCAUUUUCAGCAGAAUCAGUCUAUGGGACAGAUUCUGGUUAUGGGUCGCUGCCACCAUCCUUAGGAGGUGCUGGAAGUCCCUCAAUGGGUUAUGGUGCAUCAGGACACUCUCCUGCCCUUCUUAGGUCAGGAGCAAGUGGUGGAACAACUGGUGGUAGUAGUAGUGGAGGCAGUACAGGAACUGGAGGCAGUGGAAGCGUGGGAGGUGGAGGAGGUGGUGGAUCUUACCACAUCCCUGAUUCAAGCCCAUCUCCAUCUGGUAAUUCUGGAAUCAUCCGCCCUGGUCUCCAUUCUCCCGCACCUUCACGACCUGCUCAGUCACCUGUUGGAACAGGAUCCAACAAAUAUAUAUCGUCUGUUCUCUCGCCAUCAUAUCUUCCUUCUCCGCAAGGGUACCCAGACACAAGAGCUCCUCGUUCACAACCCUAUCACCCCUCUGCUCCUCUCAAAACAAAGUCUGAUAACAGCAUGCUUGGUGUAACAGAGUCUAGGUCACAACAGGACGAUGAUGUUGAUGAUGAUUUUCUUAUCCAGCACCUUCUUCAAGCCCAAAGUCCUGCUCCGCAGGCCUCCCAUCACCAUCCUCCUCAAAGCCAUCAUUCCUCACAGCCCACCCAGCAGCCUCCAGUCCUACCAGCUCAGGAUGGAAAUAAGGGGCUUGCUUAUGAGAUGAGCAAAAGCUCAGAAGAGAGGUACCACCUUCAGAGCGUUAUCCGAACACAUAGUGCCACCUCUAAUGCUGCUGUCACUGGUACAGGGAGUGGAGCUGGACUGGACAGUCAGUUGGAGAUGUCGCUAAAGAAACAGCAACAGCACCAACAACAACAGCAUCAACAGCAACAACAACAUCAGCAGCAGCAACAGCAGCAUAAACAACAACAUCAACAACAACCACAGCAGAAAAGCAACAGAACUGUAAGCGAUGGAGGACGAGGGAGUUCAGAUCAAACACAUUCCCAUCCUCACCAUCAUCAUGAUUCUCUGGGAUCAGUGGUGCAUUAUGGCCGGGGUGACCCGUAUUCCCAACACUCCAUUCCUCAACACUCCACCUCCCACCAUCAACACACUCCACAUACACCCACGCACCCACACCUACACUCUCACCCGCACAUGGAUCUUCAGAAAAAGCCUCAAGAUUCAGGAGAUAUGGCUUACAUACGUAAGACGCCUGAUGUGCAGCAACAUCACCAUCCGCAUCAACAGGCACAUCAACAGCAAACUCAACAUCAUCAGUCCCAUCCGCAACAACAUCAACAACAACCGCAGCAGCAACAGCGUCACUCCCAGUCACAGUCACUUAUGGACUCCCCCACUGACCAGUCUCGCCAACCCCCUCAUUUGUUGCAGUCUGUGUUGUCCCAUACCCGCAGCAAAACAGACCCUCAGCAACAGCAGCAUUCUGUAAGCCAGCAGGCCCUUAUGGAAGCAACUGGGGGAGUUGUGUCAGCAGAGACCCAUUCCCAGCCUCAGACAUCCCAGCUCCAACUCCAGCUUCAGUCCCAGGCUUUGGAAGCUGCUGGUCACUAUGGUCAUAGUACCCAGCAGCAAGACCAGAGCCGCCCUAAGUCCAACACAGUGUCUUCACUAGACAUGCUGGAGCAUUCCCUCUCUCGGACAUCUAGCCAAGAAGGAGCAAUGGUGGAUGAGAGGACAGGAGGUGAAGGAAGCAGGGGAAAUUCUGGAGCAGCAACAGCAGGAAGUGUAGAAAGGCGCCAAUCACAGGAGCAACAAAGACUUUCAUCUCACCACCCAACGCAGCACCAUGCUUCAGAGUUACACUCGUAUCUUCCUGAGCCAGACAUGAGUUUAUCAACAGCUUCCCAUGGACACCACCUAUCCCACCAUCACCACCAACAGCAACAGUCGUCACAAGGUCCUCAACAUCCUAACUCCCACCAUCAACACCCUCACCCCUCCCAUCCUAAUCAGCAGAGCCAUCAUCAUCUUCCUCCACAAGCCUCCUCGGCAGCUUCUCAGCAACAAGAGCAGACUCACCCCUCUCAUGCCUCCCAGAUUCCUCAACCUCAACUUGACCAGCAUCAAGGAGAGCCCCACUUUGACACCAGGAAUCAAGCAGUGAAAUCAAAUCAAAACCAAAAUCAAAGCCAGCAGAGCCAGAGGUUUGUUCCUUUAACAUCCAUCUGCUUCCCCGAUGCUCUUCUCCCAGAUGAGGACCGUUCAUUCUUUCCUGGAAUGGAGGAUAUGUUCUGCCCAGAGGAGUACAAAUCCACUUGCUCAGGAGGAACUGGGCAAGGUCAAGAUGGGGUUGCACCUGGCCAAGCAGUGCAGGAAGGAAUGGAAGGAAUUAAAGCAACACCUGGAGGAGGAGACAAUACAGGUCCAAGUUAUGACAUGCUUGGCCAUCACAGUGACCAGGGGUAUGGGCAGUAUUGCCAUGAUCUUUCAGAACCUGACAAUGGAACCAUGCAUUUGGAUCUUGACUCGUUGAAGACUCAUGAGCUCCCAUCUACAGUCAACACAGAGCAGCUUGGACUGAUCCAAUCUCAACCAGCCAACCUUGGAAUGGGACAACCUGGACCAGUUGGGGAUGGAUCUGGUGCCAAAAUGGGAGGUACUGGGGGAUCAGGGUCUGGAUCCGGAGGUCUUACUUCUCCCAUCUUCUGUUCCUCUCGCCCAAAGAAGCUCCUGAAGUCCAGUUCCUUCCAUCUGCUGAAAGAAAGGCCUGAUCCAAACUCCUUGCCCAAGAAGAGCUAUGCACAGGAGUAUGAAUUUGAAGACGAUGAGGACAAGGCUGACGUCCCAGCUGACAUUCGGCUCAACAGCCGAAGCCGACUUCCUGAUCUCAUACCAGACCUUGUGUCCAGUUGUCGCAAAUCAAGUGGUGUGGGAGGGGGAACUUUAAGCCCUUUAAUGGGUGAUCUAGAUUUCGGAUACCCAUCUCUUGGUCCCCCUCCGCAGAUGAUGCCUCAAGAUGGACCGAAGAAAAGAGGCAGGAAGCCCACAAAGCCUAAAAGAGAAGGACCUCCAAGGCCACGUGGACGACCACGUAUACGCCCGUUGCCAGAACCUCAUCAUUCUAGAGGUAUGAUGGAACAGUAUGGAACAGGAUAUGUUCCUGAAAGAGGCAGAGGCAGAGGAAGGGGCAGAGGCAGAGGUAGACGGGAUGAAUCAAUGAUGGACAUGGAGAUGGCCAAUAAAGACCCAAAUCAGAUGUAUCAGCAACACAUGCAGCAGCAAAUGCAUCACCAAUCACAGCAGCAGCCACAGCAUCAGGAGCCAAUCAAACCCAUCAAGAUUAAACUUCCUAUUGGAACCAUGUCAUCUUCUGAUGCCUUGUUGCGGACAGACUCCUUGUCAGGCACUGAUCCGGCUCUCUCAGAUGGCUCCCUCGGUUCAGCACCAUCUUUGGGAUUGAGCCCAGGGACUCCCGGAGUGCCUGACAUGAACAGACCUCAAGACAAGAAAUCCAAAUCCCAAGAGCUGGAAGAGAAAGAUUCAGAGAAGACUGGCUUUGUUGCCUCAUUUUUGGAUUUUCUCAAGUCUGGAAAAAGGCCAUCAGGAAUGUCAACGGGCUCAGCUGACAGCGCUGGAAAUGAAGACGGCUCUCCUGGGAAAAGUGGAGGCAUUCGCCCAUUAUCCCCUCAACCGCCACCUCCCCCAGCCGCUGCGGCUGUAUCUGGAUAUGGAGAUGGUGAAAGUGAUGGAGGACUGUCUUUGGGUGGCUGUCCUAGCCCAUGCAAGCGCUUGGAUGAAGAGCUGAAAAGGAACCUUGAGACGUUGCCCUCCUUCUCGUCUGACGAGGAGGACUCUGUCGGAAAGAACCAGGACCUGCAAAAGAGCAUCUCCUCUGCGAUCUCUGCCUUGUAUGACACUCCUCAACUCACCUCCUCAAUGCAGCCUCCAUCACUUCCUCCACCCCCUCCUCCGCCUCCUCCGGAACCACUGACACCCACGCAACAGCCACCAGCCCUCAGCCCUCAACCACCACUGCUUUCACACCCGCCCUCACAUGCCCACACCCACUCUGCUGAGCCUGCAAGAUUGCAAAGAGAAGAGCAAGAAGAAGAAAUGGAGGAAAAAGAGAAGGACCUAGACGAGGUGGUAGAGCAAGACAAGGAGGAGAAAGAGAGAGUCCCAGAUAUGGAGCUGCUGAGUGUCCCCAAAGUUGGAGACUCACCCAAAGAAGAUAUUGAAGCUCAAGCUCCCCCAUCUCUCCCACCAGUUUCCCCAUCAUCCCCUGCUCCCUCCUCCACCUCCUCGCCAUCACCGCUUCCUCCCCUCCACCUUCCCUCUCCACUCCCUUCACAGGAGGACAAUCUUUCCCCCUCUCAGAAGUCACCUCCACAACAGUCUUCGUCUCCACCGAGUCCUGUGGCUUCCUCUGUGCCUGUCCUCUCUCCAUUACCUCCUCCUCCUCCCAUAGAGCCUGCUCUAUCUUCUAGCCCACCUUCGCCCAGUCCACCUCCGGUACAGGAGUCCAUCGCAGAGCCCGCCUCUCCUGAAGAGCCCCCUGCGCCUCAGAUUCUACCAUUGCACUUGGCACAGAAACAGAGUGGUGCUGCCAUUGUCGGCGAGACUGAUGAGGAUGAGAGUGAGAGUGGAGGCGAGGGUAUUUUCAGGGAGAGGGAUGAGUUUGUGGUGCGGAUUGAGGACAUCAGGAGUCUGAAGUUGGCCUUGCAGACAGGACGAGAGCCCCCUCCUAUUUGGCGUGUACAGAAAGCUCUGUUACAGAAGUUUUCCCCCGAGAUUAAGGAUGGACAGAGACAGUUUUGUGCCACUAGUAAUUAUCUGGGUUACUUCGGGGAUGCUAAAAAGCGCUACCAGCGGCUGUAUGUGAAGUUUCUGGAAAACAUAAACAAAAAAGACUACGUGAGGGUCUGUUCCCGUAAGCCCUGGCACAGACCUUCUGUCAACCUGAGGAGACAGUCUCAACCACUCCCGAAGUUAGCGCCACCCCCCAACAACCAGUCUCCUUUAGAGAGGACUGAGAAAGACAGAGAGAAGAUUAAGGAGCCGCGUGAAAGCAGAGAGAAGAACAACAUUCGGCCAAAGGAACAGCGGGAGAAAGAAAAAGUGGUUAAGACCAAGGAGAAGGAAGAAAAGAAAGAGAAAGAAAAAGAAAAGGAAAAAGAGAAGAAAGCUUCACCUCCACCGCCGCCACCUCAGAAGCCUGAGAAACGGGCGGCGGUGACCGAACGAGGGAAGGUGAAGGAGGAGAAAAGGAGCGCUGGACAGGAGAAGAAGACUGAGCGCUCUGCCAAACCUCAGCCACCAAAAGUGAAGGCUGAACCUCCGCCGAAGAAACGCAGAAUGUGGCUGAAGGAAGUACCCUCGUCCUCAGACUCGGACUCCUCAGCAAGUGAGGAUGAAAUCUCGGUAAAAGCGGGCCUGAACACACGUGCAAUGCGUGAGAUGUACCGGAGCUACGUGGAGAUGCUGGUCAGUACGGCGCUUGACCCGGACAUGAUUCAGGCUCUUGAAGACACAGAAGAUGAGUUAUACCUUCCUCCAAUGCGCAAGAUUGACAGCCUUCUCAGUGAGCAGAAAAGGAAGCUUUUGAAAAGAGUCAAUAUGAACUCUCAGCACCAGGAAGCUCUUCACACUUUCCCUCAGAUAACAGCAGAGACCCUGGACUCGGCGACGGUGAGGGUCAGGCUGGGUGGUGAAUGCUACAACCGCAAAACCCUGAACCGCAUUAAAAAGAGUGUUCCCAAACCACAGGACCUCAAGUUAUCAACAGAAACAUGUCAACUCUACAGUCUCUACCAUUCACUGCAUCAUUAUAAAUAUCAUACCUUCUUACACUGUAAGAAAGAGACGAACACUAUAGAGCAGGCUUCAGAAGAUCCUGGACAAGAGGAAGUUGUUCAGCAGUGCAUGGCCAAUCAGAGCUGGCUGGAGACGCUCUUCAACUCCUUCUUAGAGCUGAUGACCCUCAGCACCAAAGCUUGAGAGAGAGGAAAAGAAGGGAAGGGGGGAGCAUGAAAAAGGAGUAACGUUGAGGAAUCAAGGAGGCCUCGAUGUACAAAGAAGCUGGAUUUAUUGUCGCCUAGCUCUCCCGUCCUCCUCCUCCUCCUCCUCCUCCUCCUCCUCCUCCUCCUCCUCGGUUUUACAGAAAUGUUUCUUUCAAACGGCGACAGGAGAGGACCGGGCGACGAGCCCAGCAGGUUGCCGCCGGAAAAUAACUUUAUUAACUCUUUACAAACGUCUGCAAAAAUGCAGGAUCCCUCCUGAACGUUCAGGCAAACGGAUGCGACCAAACUGAGAUCCGAUUUCACCGAAGGAAAUGGUACACAGAGCCAUAGAGCUACGGUUGAAGGAAUAUACUGUGUGGAGUCUUUAUACUUUCGAAUGGCGACUAGGAUAACUGACAGGAGGAGCUCGCUUCGCGACGACACUAGGAGGAAGUCUGUUACUGAGUUUUACACAAAUAAUUUUUUAAGACAAUAGCAGUUUUAUUCCAGCUUUUUUUCUGAAACGAGAGCGAGAGCGAGAGAGAGAGCGACGGUUCUGUUUUAUAAACGAGUGCAGAUGGCAAAGCGGUCAUGGGAAGAUGCAACGUGCGACGACAUGUGAUGACAUUCAACGCUUUAGUCUACACACGUGAAACAAGUGAGCUAAAGUAAUACAUUUUUAUUAUUUAUAAAGACAUUUUUAACAGGAGUUCGCACACACAAUACAAACCAGUGAUGCUUCAUAUAAAACGGUUCAAAUAAUGUUUGUUCAGAUGUUAUAAAUGGAUCUUAUCGCCACAUGCUGAGCUGUCUUCCUUUUUGCUCAUCCGAGGUGGGUAGAUGCCAUGGCAAAUGUAUUAUCGUUUUUAUGUUACAGAAGAGAAGAGAAAGACAGAGUAGAACAAACUAUUUCGAGCUACGCAAGCGGUAUUAUUGCAGUGCAUUCUACAGAGAAAAUAAAUGGAAUCGAAAGUGAGAGCGAAGCGUCUGGUUCCCAUUAGGGAGGGAUUAUGUAUUAGUACUAUUUAAAAUGGAAAUUUGUUUUUAUUUGUUUGUCUUUUGUCUGUAUUCUGAGUAUUAUUUUGGAACAAUCUAAUACUGUGCUUCUUUCAAAAGUAAAGCCUUUGUGUAAAUAUUGUACAGCUCUUGACAAAAAUCUCUCGGUUCUUCUGUACAUGGACUAUCCCUGUAUUUGACAAACGAAUAAAACCAUCAACAACUA